AUGAAGAACACUCACAACGUGUUGGACGCGCACGUUGAAAAGUUCAUCGCCGCGAUACACACGCGCGACGGCGAGGAGUUGGCGAGACUGGCCAGCGUGGAUUGUAUUUUGAAAGAUUGCUUCAAUGGAAAACCAACAACGACUUCUUUGUCGUUGAACGAAAACGAAGUGAAACAGUGCACGCGACGGUACCAAAAUCAACUGCCAAAACCGUUCGACGAUAUGUGGGAAAAACUGGUGUUAUCGUCGCUGGAGUUAAAACAGAGCUCGUUCGAGAAGUGUUACGAUUAUCACAACGAAGCGAUGGCGGUUUUUAUCAAAGAUUUCAAAGCGAGAGAAGAACCGGAAGAUGUGAUUUGGACGAUAAAAGCGAUGAAGCGAAUGACGAGAGAUUCUCGAUUGUGCGCGGAAAAAGCGGACAAUCACUCGAGAAAAGUUGGGAAAAAAGCGACGAGGUUGGAAACGUGCGGGGCGCAACUCAUGCAAGCCUAUCGAUGUUCGUCGCAAACGUCGACGCGGGAGAAGAAGUUGGCGCAGUUGAAAAUCGUCAACGAACUGUUCAAGAUUUAUUUCGAGCUGAACGCGUUGCAUUUAUGUAAGAAUUUAAUCAACGCGGUGAAUCUGCCGACGUUUCUACCGUUCGAAGAGUCGUUUCCGAGCUCAGAAAAAGUGACGUAUCAUUUUUACGUGGGCAGAUUGGCGGUGUUUGACGACGAUUACGAAGGCGCGAGCGAACAUUUGAAGUACGCGUUCGAGAGGUGUCCGAGAGGCUCUUCAAAGAAUAAAACCGCGUGUUUGAAGUAUUUAGUUCCCGUGAUGCUGAGUUUAGGUUUCGUGCCGAGUAAAAAGUUGUUCGUGAAAUAUAAAGACGCUUUGAAACCGUACGAGGAGGUGUGCGAGGCGGUAAAGAUGGGGAAGUUGGGGGUGUUGGAACAAGCGUUGGAGAGAAGGAAAGCGAGAUUCGUGAGGGAGGGCACGUAUUUGAUGUUUGAAAAGCUACGCCUUUAUUGCUUACGAACGCUGUUCAAGAAAACGAGCGAAAUUCAGAAAGAAUUCGAGCCCGAGAAAGCGAACCAGGUGAAGUUGGAGAUGCUUUCAAGGGCGUGCAAAAUAGCCGCGGCGAUGAAAAAUCAACACGGACAUAAUAAUAAUAACAAUAACAAUAACAAUAACAACACGGAAUACGAUUUAGAUGAAAUCGAGUGCGGUGUUUCCGAACUCAUCCACCGCAAAUUCGUCAAAGGGUACGUCUCGCACAAGAAUCGGGUGGUUGUUUUGAGUAAAACAGACGCGUUUCCGAAAAUCAGCGACGUGGUCAAGUGA